CAAAUCCGUAUCUAUGGAGUUAUUUUACCGGAAGUGAAUUAGAGUUACUUUACCGGAAGUAGCAUAACUCUCGUUCUCUUUCCGACUCCAUCUUCAAAGCCAAGAUGGUGCGUAUGAACGUACUUGCGGAUGCUCUCAGGAAUAUUUCCCGUGCAGAGGAGGGUGGCAAGCGCCAGGUGAAAAUCAGACCUUGCUCCAAAGUUAUUGUCAAGUUCCUAACAGUUAUGAUGAAGCAUGGAUACAUUGGGGAGUUCGAAAUUGUGAAUGAUCACCGCAGUGACAAAAUUAUUGUCAACCUGACAGGGCGUUUGAACAAGUGUGCGGUUAUUAGUCCUCGAUUCGACAUCCCAAUUAAAGAUCUAGAGAAGUGGACCAACAAUCUCCUGCCCUCCAGACAGUUUGGGUACAUUGUGCUGACAACCUCCGGCGGCAUCAUGGAUCAUGAAGAAGCCAGGAGAAAACACUUGGGAGGAAAGAUUCUGGGAUAUUUCUUUUAA